AUUUAUCUCUGUAUUAUUAUAUACCCCUCAAGUAUUUUCGUCUAUUUUUCAAUCUUAAAAUUUUAUAUAAAGAAAGAAUUUUAUUAAUAUUCUAGCAUGAAAGAAUUAUAUUAGGAAUUCUUAUAAUUUAAUAUAUAUUCGUCAAGGCGUUAUUAUCUUAAAAUUUGCUUUGUUUUGCGCUUACAUCUGAAUCGAAAAUAAAAAUAUAUCUAAUGUUUCGGAGUCGUAGUUGGUUCUCUGGAGCAUGGAGUCGUCCCAAAAAUCGGCUGUCGCUCGACCAUUUGAAAUAUUUACACACCAUCCUUGAAAAAAAUACUACGGUGUCUGAAAACAAUCGUGAGCUUUUGGUAGAAUCCCUCAGGUGUAUUGCGGAAAUACUUAUUUGGGGUGAUCAACACGACUCUUCCGUUUUUGAUUUUUUCUUGGAAAAAAAUAUGCUGUCGUUCUUUCUUCAUAUAAUGAGACAAAAAAGUGGUGGUUCUAGUUACGUAUGUGUACAAUUACUACAAACAUUGAACAUUCUUUUUGAAAAUAUUCGUAAUGAGACGUCGCUAUAUUACCUUUUAAGCAACAAUCAUGUGAAUUCCAUCAUUGUUCAUAAAUUUGAUUUUUCCGAUGAGGACGUUAUGGGAUAUUAUAUUUUGUUUUUAAAAACACUCAGUCUAAAACUAAAUACUCACACAAUACACUUCUUUUACAAUGAGUACACCAAUGACUUUCCUCUUUAUACAGAGGCUAUAAAAUUUUUUAACCAUCCCGAAUCCAUGGUGAGAAUCGCGGUAAGGACCAUAUCCUUAAAUGUUUACAAAGUUCAAAAUGAUAGCAUGUUGAAGUUCAUAAGAGAUAGAACGGCUGCUCCAUAUUUCAGCAACUUAGUUUGGUUUAUUGGAAAACAUAUUUUAGAACUAGAUGCGUGCGUGCGAACAGAUAUUGACCACCAAUCAAAUCAGAAACUUUCCAAUCUUGUUGCGGAACACCUAGAUCACUUGCAUUAUCUCAAUGACAUUUUGCUUCUUGAAAUACGCGAUUUGAAUGCAGUUUUAACAGAACACCUUCUUCACAAACUGUUCAUCCCCUUGUAUAUAUUUUCUCUCACCCCUGCACCACCGCUUUCAAUGGCUGUAGUUACCCAAAAUUUGGCUGCUGUUCUUAACAAGGUUGUUGACAUUGAUAUUCAAGAAAUGAACAAUCCGCGUGUAUCAUCCGUAGUCGCUUUGUACCUCUUAUCUUUAGUAUUUUUGGUUAUAACACAUGGACCUUUAGUGCAUUCUUUGGCUUGGGUCAUAUUGAAUGCGGAUAGUAAAGUAUUUACUGAAGGAGCUGCAGAGAUCUUAAAUGCAUAUGUUGAACGAAGAGAAGUAGUUGUUCCUGGUUUUAAAGAACCCAGAGAAAGUCUAGAAGAGGCUUUAGAUACAGUCGCUUCCGCUUCUUCGGCUAUAAAUAUUUGCACGGAAGAAAGUGUUUCAGCAGUCCAAGUACAUGAACUACAAUUAAAUUCUGGAGCUAUUGAUCAACAACCAAGUUCAAAAACAAUUCACGAAUCAAAUAUUACUGAUGAGGAGAAGGAAAAGCUUAAGAAACUUGUGGAAUCAUCAUCAUCAGACAGACUUCGUCCGUUUUUAGAUGUCGUUGUAUCAUCUUUAGACUGUGCUGAAAAUGAUUAUUUGGCAUUGCUCUCACUAUGCCUAAUUUAUUCUAUGGCAAAUAACCGAGGUAUGAGUAAAGAUUGGUUAGAUCAAGUCUUAACCAAAUCUGAAAAAUCUUCACUAACUUACAAAAUGGAAUUGGUGGAGAGUCUGCUUAAUAUUAUAAAUUCAUCUUAUCAACCCUCUUGUAGAAUUCGUCUAAUAACAUUAGAAAUAUCUUUAGAACUGUUAGUUUCCUUCACAAAACCCAAUACGGACGAAUGUUGCAUAACUGAAUCACAACAACAGAGCCUCUUUUUAGCUCAGUGUCAAGCAAUGAAUGCGUUACGAAAUUUUUACAUGUCGGAAGAAAUUUUUCUUGACUUGUUUGAGGAUGAGUACAAUGAAAUGAAAAAAUCUGUGCUCAAUGUUGAAUACCUUUGCAUGGACUCAACUAUUCUUCUACCUCCAACUGGUACACCGUUGACUGGUAUAGGUUUCACACGUCGAUUGCCAUGUGGGGAAGUAGAAAAGGCUCGUCGGGCUAUCAGAGGAUUCUUUCUUCUUCGCCGUACAUGUCAAAAGUUCUUAAAUGAAACUGAAACAAUGCUUCCUCUAACAAAUUAUACAAACUGCGUUCAUGUGGAUAAUGUUUUAGACUUGAAUAACAGUGACCUGAUAGCUUGUACCGUAAUUAUAAAAGACAGUACUAAACAGAGAAGAUUUCUAGUUAUUGAUACACUGCAACUAAUUUUAGUAGAACCAGAUGCUAAACUAUUGGGCUGGGGUGUUGCAAAAUUUGUUGGCUUUCUUCAAGACGUUGAGGUUGUUGGAGACAAGGAUGACUCACGUUGCUUACAUAUUACGGUUCAUAGGGGUGGUGCUUCACAUAAUCGCACACCACUUUUGUCUGCCAAUUUUCUAUUUGACGACCACAUAAGAUGUAUGGCAGCAAAACAAAGGCUUACAAAGGGUCGAAGCAAAGCACGUCAAAAGAAAAUGUAUCAAAUUGCACAACUUCUAGAAAUGCCAGAUCAAUUCACCGAUUCCACAGUGUACUCAGUAUCAAGACUUCGCUCAGGGGCUGCUGCAAGGACAUCGAGGGAGCAUAAAGCAAUUUUGUCUAGCUCUGGUCGAGUUCCCGGUUUUGCAGCCGCUCUUAAAAGAGAAAACGCCCCCAUUUCAGGUGUAAGCAGAAUACAAAUGGUGCAGAAUAGAUCAGUUGAAGGAUUCCGAACUGAGAGUCGUUCUAGACGUAGGGGGUCUAACAGUAGUUCGUGCUCUUCUACGCCAUCUAAUGAAACAUUUGAAAAUUCAUUUGAUCGAAAAACCAAAUCGCAAUCACAAGAGAGUUCAACAAAUCGAUAUUUACGGCCACGAGAGAGUAACCCAAGAGUGUCUUGGCCAAGAUCCGAAGAAAUUCCUCUUGAGGAUUUUCAGCACUCAAAAACUAAUGGUCAGCAUUUUCGAAGUUCUUCAAAUCCCCCAUCCCGUUCACAUACUCCUUUAAAAUCAAAAUACGAAACAACGUCUCCUCAAAUCACAUUGCCAAAUUCGAAUGAUUUAACGAAAAUUAAUGGAAUCACCUCAUGUAUGGAAGUCGUUGCGGUGAAUUCUGAGGAAACUUCUUUUAUUGCGAAAGAAGAUAUGGAACGACAUCAGGGAUCGAUUGAAACCGUCUAAUGAACUUAAAAUUUGGUUCUAAGUUUAGAAAAUUAAGAAAGAAGUUUUAAAGUCGAUAUAAUUUGUUAUUCAACGUUUUGUUAUCUUAUUAAUUUCGAUGCGGCAGUAACUUGUUGCUGAAACUUUUUGUGAUAAAUAAAACAAUAUUUACUUUGAAUCUA